AGUUAACAGCCGUUUUCUCCCCUCGAGCGGUUAGUCAGCGAUGGGACCCUGCGAUGGGACGAGCCUGCGGGCCCUGCUGGAGACCCUGGAGGACCCGGCCGCUUCGCUGGGGGCGCUGACUGACGCCUUGCUGACCCUGACGAAUCGUCUGACUGAAGAUGAAGAGGAUGAAGAUGAAGGAAGGAAAUUAGCAAUUGAGAUUGAAAACUGUUUCCCACAACUUUACAAAAUAUUUAUGACAUAUAUUCCUUCUGAAAAUGCGGAGUUGAGCAGUGCAGCUUUACAAGCUUUGGGAUAUUGUGUAUUUAAUCCAAACAUGUCUUGCUUGUUAUGUGAAAUAGAAAUACACAAAUUACUUUCUACAUUAAACAAUGUUGCUUUAAAUUCAGGAGACAAACACACUUGCACAAGAGCACUUUGGGUGAUCUCAAAGCAGUCCUUUCCUCCUGAUACUGUUGCAAAGUUGGUACCCAGUAUUAUUGCUAUGCUAGAAACAGUACUAGAAGGAGAUUUACAUUCCAUGGUGGUUGAAUAUGAAGCGCUAAAUGUUAUCAUCCGGCUGAUAGAACAGGCUCCAUCCAACAUGGAGCAACAGGCUGUGAAGUGGGCUAAGAUAAUAAUUCCUUUGGUGGUUCACUCAGCUCGUAAAAUACAAUUAAGAGCUGCUAGUGCUUUGGAAAUGGGUCUACCACUUCUUCAGCAGCACCAAGAGGUGAUAACAAUCACUGAACAAAUCAUGACCACUAAAGUAAUUCCAGAACUCCAAAAGCUGUUUUUUUCAAAACAUGAAACAUAUAUUCUGAAACUGUGGCCCCUGUUUAUAAAGUUGCUUGGAAAAACACUGCACCAUAAUGGAAGCUUUAUCAAUUCCUUGCUCUAUUUAGAAGAACUUGGAUUUCGUAGUGGCUCCCCGGUGGUGAAGAAAAUAGCUUUCAUUGCAUGGAAAAGUCUGAUUGAUAACUUUGCUUUAAAUCCAGACAUAUUAUGCAGUGCAAAAAGGCUGAGAUUGCUAAUGCAACCACUGAGCUCUAUUCAUGUAAGAACUGAAACUCUGGCAGUGACCAAGCUUGAAGUUUGGUGGUAUUUAUUAAUUAGGCUUGGAUCUCAGCUUCCAGUCCACUUUGAACAGGUUGGUGUACCAUUAAUUCAGAACACCUUAUGCCUGGAUGCCUCUCAGCUACAAGGAAAUUCAUCACGGUUCAUUUCUAAUCAGAGUUUAGCUAUACCAGGUUCUUCACAAAUAUCAGGGGUUUUCCCUUUUGGAAAUGUUGCCAGUCCAAGGAUGACUCAGAAUGCUAGCAUCGGAGGAGCUGUUGUCAUUCCAUCUAUUCAGAUUCUAGGAAUUGAAAUGCUACUUCACUUCUUUAAGGGACAGGAAAUAUUGACUUUUGCCGAGGAAAAUAAUAUUGUACUUAGUUUAGAACCUCUUCAGUAUCCAGUAAUUACCAGUCUUCCCUUCUUCUGCAAACAUGCCAGUGUUUUCAUAAAUGCAGCUCAGGAUGGCUUCAUUGCAGUCGGAAAAGAAAUUUCUGAUUGUAUGCUCACUGCUAUAUGGAAAGAAUUAGUUGGUUUUGUGAAAGCUGCAAUUGAACCAGGCAACAAAAGAGAGCAGUCGAAUUCAGAAGUAUUAACCAUGUUGCUGCAGACUUUAAAAAACAUUAUUAUGUCAAAACAAUUGCCAGUAUUAAACUCAUUGUCUUUGUUAGAAGUGGCUAUUAAAGAACUGCCUCCAAAAGUAUUGGGAUCACCAGCCUAUCUGAUUGCUGACCUGGAUCUUCUGAAUGGAACUCCAGCACUAUUCUUACUUCAGCUCUUAUUCUUCGAAGAUCUUCUGGAAUAUGGAGUGCAGAGUCAAAGAUUCUUUUUGAACUACGAAUCUCUUGUGGAAUGUGCUGUGUCUGGCCCUACGUCUCCUCUGUCUUUUACUGAGUCUGUACUCACAAUUAUGAGUCAGAGUGCCAUUUACUUGGAAAAUAAGAAUUAUCUGUGGCAAAUGUGGACUAUUAUAGUUAACCCAUUAAUUGAAUGGAUUAAACAGACUAAUGAUGUAAAUCAAGGUGAUGCUUUGGAGCAUAAUUUCAGUGCAAUUUACAGUGCACUGUUGCUACCAGUAAACUGUAUAUUUUCAUCUGAAUUUCCACAGUCUUCAGCGAAAAUACUAUUGCGUUCUUGGUCAGAACUGUAUAAAGCAUUUGCCCGCUGUACAUUACUAGUACCAACAGCAGAAGAUAAUGUAUGUUGUGAUGACCUGUGUGCCAAAAUAAUAUCUGGAUUAGAUGAUGAAGCACAUCUUAAUCAAUCUAUGUUGGAUGCGCUCUCUUGCAUUACAGCAGUCAUGGUUGAAUGCAUCAAUUUUGCACCUUAUGAUAAGAAAUAUCAGCCAGCAAAUAGAUCUCCACAGACACCAAUGGACUGGGCCAAAAAGAAGAAAGAUCCCCUUGGCAAGCUGUCUUCUUUAAUUAAACUUCUGAUAAUAUUGACAAACUCUCUUCAGAGGCUUGCAUCUGAGCAGUCUGGUUUUGAAGAAUUAGCUCCUGUGGGUUUUGAGAUUGUCGGCGUUCUUCAAAAUAUCAUUGGCCACAUCUCUUUGCCUUCUGUCGUCAGAGCUGUCUUUGGAUUUAUUGCAAAACCCUUAGCGGCAUUAUAUGAAAAAAUAACGUCUGCUAAUCCAUCUAGAAUGAGUUAUGGACUCGAUAGCAAGUGUGAAAAGUUACUGGCAGACAGCCUUACUUGUGUGCAGUCAAACUAUACUGGAUCCUUUAACAGUGAGCUCCUGGAAGAGCUUUGUCCAUUAUUGACCAUAAUGUUUUUAAAUAACAAUAAACAGAUAAGCAGCCAUGCUGCUCAGUUUUGGAACGCAACAUUUGGAAAAGCGGUAACCCUGACAUACCCUGAAGAAUUAAAGUCUGUUUUAAAUAAAGCAAAACAAAAAUUCAUACUCUUACUGCCUGUUUUUGAGAGCUGUGAGAUAAUGGAGGGAAGUAGUACUGCAUAUUCUGAUUAUACAGAGAAUUCCCAGUGGGAUGCAAACAUCAGUGGGAUGACUGUAAAUCCUAAUGGAAAAAGGGACUCAUUCCUCGCCCAAAUCAAUGAACCAGAGGAAGAAAUUAUUAAUGUUCACAUUGCACCUAAAAAAAUAAAGCUAGAAUUCUCAGGGUCAAAAUCAAAUCCCAAAAACAUUCCUUUGGAAGAAGAAAAUACUAUGGACUUCGUAUUCAUUCCUCUAGAAGCAAAAGAAAGAGUCUUAACAGAGCACCAAAAAGAAGUUCUGAGAACUAAAAGGGAUGAUAUUCCUGUCAUGUAUAAUAAUUUGGAUACAUCUCAAGAUGCUGUUCUGUUUUCCCGGGACACCCAGAACCAGGAGGAUUCUUUGGAAAAACCAAUCGUAGUUGACAUAAAGGAAGAACAUGAAGAGAAAGAGGACAAAUUAACAGCCCAGAAAAAACAGGCAAGAAGUCAUCAGCUUUUCAAAGACGAUGAAAAAAUUCUGCCAAGGAAGAUGGCACAAAAUAGGGAGACUCCUGGGCAAAAAGAAAAGGCUGCAACACUUGAAAAAGCCUCUGAUGCGUCAGGACGUGUGGAUGUAAACAGUGCUACAGGAAACAUAGACGCUAGAGAGAACAGCCAGGAGGAAUUGAACACGAGUCUUGGGAAAUCUGAACGUAGUCCUGCCUCUGACUUUGAAGAAUCAGGCCAAGAUGCGCCUGUGGAGAAACUAAAAUUAUGUCCACAUUAUCAUACAAGAAGAGCAGCUUCAGAAGGAUUACUUACCAAUUUGGAAAAGUCUGAAUCUGAUAGCAGUGAAACAAGAGAGGAAGGAGCGAAGAGGAAAUGGUUUGGGAAAUUGAGAAAAUAUGAUUCCUCUGGGAACGAAGCUAAGGAAGAGCCAGAGAGCCAAGAGUUUUGUUCCCAAGCUGCAAUAGAAAUCCAAACCCAGUCAGUAGGAAAACAGAAAAUACCUCCUGGCAGAGAGACAGAAAUGCCUUCAAUGUCGACUAAUGCAAAGGAAGAAAAAGGUACUCUCCCAUUAAGUCCCUGUGUGGACCUUAAGGAAAAUGCAGGCGCUUCACAUCCUAGAGCCUCUUCAGAUACAGGGAGAAGAAAGCCUGCUAACAGGAGAGAAUCCACUUCGGAGCCUAUUUUGGAAAACAGGCAGGAACCUAGUCCUCUUGACACACGUUCUGUGGUACCUAACAACCCAAGUGGCGUUUCAGAAGACGAUGCUUCUGCUACCGCUGUCAGUGCCUUUACUUCACCCAAGACGUUUUUAGAUAUGUCUGAAUGCCAGCACAAAAGAAGCAAGCGGGCAAGGAAAUCCAGGAGCUGCAAAUGCUGUGAUGAAAAACUGUCUCCCCAAGUGGAAAAGUUGUCCCCUCAGCCGAAAAAGGCAAGCGCUCCAGAACCAAAGUUAAAAGAACAAAGGAAGGUCCUUAGCAAAGUAACCAUGGCGCUGACCUUGAUUCCUAAGGCUGAAGAGAUUCCUUUGGCAGAGAGGCUGAGCGCAGAGCCUUGUGCCACAAGCACUCCGCUGCCUUUCGUUGAGGACGGUGCUGAUGUGAAAGAGGCCAGCACUGUUGCUGAAUCUGUCAGUGGCGGACCAAGAGACAAUGCGCCCAAUGCUGAACUGGAGAAAUUAGCACGGGUCCAAAGUGAAUGUGACCAGCCAAUUGCAGAAAUUAUAGAUCUUCCUUCCUCUGAAACAAUUUCAGAAUCCAGUUCAGUGGAUCCUCAUUCAGAAGAGCUCAGUGCUCAGGAUCAUUCUUCAGAACCAGGUUCAGUGGAGUCUUACUCAGAAGAGCUCAGAGCUCAGGAUCUGUCUUCAGAACCAGGUUCAGUGGAGUCUUAUUCAGAAGACCUCAGUGCUCAGGAUUGGUCUUCAGAACCAGGUUCAGUGGAGUCUUAUUCAGAAGACCUCAGUGCUCAGGAUUGGUCUUCAGAACCAGGUUCAGUGGAUUCUUUUUCAGAAGAGCUCAAUGCUCAGGAUCGCUCUUCAGAACCAGGUUCAGUGGAUUCUCAUUCAGAAGCCAUCAGUCCUCAGAAUCAGGCUUUAGAACCAGUUUCAAUGGAUUUUCAUUUAGAAGACGUCAAUGCUCAGGAUCAGGGUUUAGAACCAGAUGUAGAAGGAGACGUUAUAAUGGAAAGCAAUAAUGACCAGAAUGGUCAGUUGGAAAGCAAAACAGAUAUAGAGUUCAAAAUUACCCAAAUUGUGGGAACGCAGCCUCGUGAAAGAGCCGUUCAGAAUACUGUAGGAGAAACUAGGGUAACAUCUGCAAUCGAGGUAGCAGAGCUGCAGGAAAAUGAGACGAAUGAAGAAGAGGGCGCAGAAGAUAAUGCAGCAUAUGCACCAAGUGAACUUCCAACCUUAGUCUUGGAUUCUCCACCAAAAUUGAAAGAGAUUGAUAUUCUCUCUUUAGCCAAGGUCAGUGGAAGUCCUGGGACACAGACUCGCUUUCUGUGGUCCCCAACAGCUUCUCCUUCGACUAGCAUUCUAAAAAGAGUAAUAAAAACGGAACACGAUUCAUCACCACCUCCAAACAAGAACCAAAGAGUCUCCUUUGCCAAUCCAAUCUACAAAGAAGAAUUGGCAGAUGACAUUGACCGACGAAGUCCUGUACUUAGAAUUCAUCCUUACAAUAAUGACUCUCAAUCUUUGCGAAAUGUUAAAUCUUCACCUAGUCACCAAGCCAAGGUAAAAGCUCGUGGAAUGGAGCAAAUGGAUGAGACAUUAAUAUCUGCAAAUGAAAAUGCAGUUAUGGCAGGGAAGCUGAGGCUAGGAGGCAGUCCUGAUGUUUCCGUAAUGGCUCAUGUGCUAUGGGAUACCCUCUCGGGUAUUAGAUUUGCUCCCUAUGAUAAUGGAUUUUCAGAAGAUGUUAAAGAUGAGGCCGCUUUGGCGAGCUUCUGGAGAUUGAUGGGUAGACACUCUCAAGUUCACGGACUGCAUCAAACUAAUACCCUUAAGAAAGAGAGGCUGGAUCAGAAAAAUGAGGAGUUGGAUUUCGGUAUUCCAAUACAAUCUCCAAUAUUAGAUUCUACUUUGAAUGAAAAAACCCCUAAUGGCAGCAGCAACUCCUCACGUUCUAGUGAUAUAAUUUCAGCCACACUACAGGUAGUGGUGAACAGAAGGCAGGCUGAAAAAAUUGAUGACUUCGACAAUGGAUCUUUUGGUCCUUCAGUUUUCAGUAAUAUUUCUGUAACAUUAACGAGCCAAUUUAUCCAGAAGGAAAGCACUGUUCUUUCAGAUAUCUCUCCAAAAGGAAAGCCAGACCUGAAGAAUGAAAGUGGCUUAAAACUCAGAGCAAGAAAAACCGUCUCUGGCACAAGAUCCGGAAGAGAAAGGAGGAGUUCCAUCCAUCCAUCCUUCAUCUACAGCUUGGACAUUGACAAUUGCAUCACCAUCUUUGAAAGAGACUUCAUCAGCAUCUGCUGCUGUGUAGUCAUACACAGCACGUUCUUUCUCUUUUCUCUUUUAUUCUGUUUAUGUUAUUCUCCAAUAAACCUUUGUAACCUUUGUAACCAGACUUGUCUUUGUAUUGUGAGUAUCAAAAUUUGGGGGUUUUACAUCUCACAAGUCUCUCCAAAAGGAAAGCCAGACCUGGAGAAUAAAAGUGGCUUAAAACUCAGAGCAAGAAAAACCGUCUCUGGCACAAAGAGGUCACACUCAGAAAUCUUAAAUGCUCUAGAGAUGUGUGUCAAAGCAAAAAGAAGUAAAGUAGAAAACAGUACUGAGCCAAAAUUGAAGUCUAACGACAUGAUUGAGAUAAGGAAUGGAGAGCACAGAGAGAAUAUUUCUCCAGAGAUUGAUGUUCACGAAGAGGCUGUGUCCAAAGUUAACCAAAAUCCUGAUAUUUCACUUAACCCGAAAACAUUAAGACGUUCUUUAAGACAAAAAGGAGAAACUGAUGGAGCUGUAGAUAGUCAAGACAAAAAGGACAAUCAACAAAAGAAGGAGAAGCAAAAAGAUAAUGAAAAAAUUCUGCCAAGGAAGAUCACACAAAAUAGGGAGACUCCUGGGCAAAAAGAAAAGGCUAAAACACUUGAAAAAGCCUCUGAUGCAUCAGGAAGUGUGGAUGUAAACAGCGCUACAGGAAACAUAGACGCUAGAGAGAACAGCCAGGAAAAGUUGAACAUGAAUCUUGAGAAAUCUGAACGCAGUCUUUCCUCUGACUUUGAAGAAUCAGGCCAUGAUGCACCCGUGGAGAAACUUGAAGUAUUUCCACAUUAUCAUACAAGAAGAGCAGCUUCACAAGGAUUACUUACCAAUUUGGAAAAGUCUGAAACUGAUAGCAGUGAAAUAAGAGAGGAAGGAGCGAAGAGGAAAUGGUUUGGGAAAUUGAGAAAAUAUGAUUCCUCUGGGAACGAAGCUAAGGAAGAGCCAGAGAGCCAAGAGUUUUGUUCCCAAGCUGCAGUAGAAAUCCAAACCCGGUCAGUAGGAAAACAGAAAAUACCGCCUGGCAGAGAGACAGAAAUGCCUUCAAUGUCUACUAAUACAAAGGAAAUCGGUACAAAUGAAGAAAAAAGUACUCUCCCAUUAAGCCCCUGUGUGGAUCUUAAGGAAAAUACAGGCACUUCACAUCCUAGAGCAGUGGUGGCGAACCUAUGGCACGGGUGCCAGAGGCAGCACUCAGAACCCUCUCUGUGGGCACACACGCCGUUGCCCCAGCAGAGUUUGCCAAAAUUGCACACACGUGGUGUUUGGAAAGCCUCUUCAGAUACAGGGAGAAGAAAGCCUGCUAACAGGAUAGAAUCCACUUUGGAGCCUAUUUUGGAAAACAGGCAGGAACCUAGUACUCUUGACACACGUUCUGUGGUACCUAACAACCCAAGUGGCGUUUCAGAAGACGAUGCUUCUGCUACUGCUGUCAGUGCCUUUACUUCACCCAAGACAUUUCUAGAUAUGUCUAAAUGCCAGCACAAAAGAAGCAAGCGGGCAAGGAAAUCCAGGAGCUGCGAAUGCUGUGAUGAAAAACUGACUCCCCAAGUGGAAAAUUUCAGAAUCCAGUUCAGUGGAUUCUCAUUCAGAAGAGUAGCAGAGCUGCAGGAAAAUGAGACGAGUGAGGAAGAAGGCACAGAAGAUAAUGCAGCAAAUGCACCAAGUGAGCUUCCAACCUUAGUCUUGUUGCAGGAAAAAAGCAAUACCUUGGAUUCUCCACCAAAAUGUAAAGAGCUUGAUUUUCUUUCUUUUGCUAAGGUCAGUGGAAGUCCUACUGGGACACAGGCAUGCUGUGUAUGGUCCCCAUCAGCUUCUCCUCCUACAAGUAUUUUAAAAAGAGUCAUAAAAAGGGAACACGAAGAAGAUUCAUCAUCACCUGCAAACAAGGUAUUUUACAUGAUUUGUGCCAUUCUACAUGUGAUUAUUUGCAUAUUACAUAAGCUCCUUGAAACCCUAAAUAUAUUUUUAGCUUCUUUCAAAACUUUUUCCUCUUUUCCUAUCCAGCUCAAAACCACUCCAACCAAAGAAUCUCUGUCCCCUGGAACCCAUAGCCAUAAAUAUAAGAACUCAAAGAAGUGUUUAAUGACAGAAAUGGUCACAGAGCCAACAACAGCAUCUACAGAAAGUGUAUAUCCUGCCCUGGUGGGCUGUAAAGCAUCUAUUGACAUAAUUCUGCCUCAGAUUACUCCAAACACUUGUCACCUUCAAGUCUAUAUAGAGAGCUCUUACAGGCAUUCAGAUGAAAAUCCAAGGAAGGAGCUAAAGUGGCCCAGCACAGGACUUGCCCUGAGAGAGUCCUCAGGAGCUUCAGGGCUGCUGGGGCAAGAGAAAGGCCCCAGGAACGGCAUUUCCAGCACAACUGGAAGAGAAAGGAGGAGGGGGGCGGAGACAGGAGAGGCUAUAAAAGGAGGCAGUUUUGGCGGGAAAGGGAGAGAGAAAAAGGAGGUUGGAGAAAGAAUCAGAAAAGAAAAGGCUUUUGUCAGAGAAGUGGUAAAAUCUCGUGGAAUGGAGCAAAAUUCUGCAGAGAGAUCAAUCAAUGUCAUGGAUGAGACAUUGUUCUCUGCAAAUGAAAAUGCAGUUAUAGCAGACGUAUGUGAAACGGAGGUCUCCAGUACGGAAGAGUCAUCAGCAAUAGACCUUUGGACCCUUGUUAAUCUACUUUUUAACCAAACCUCUCCUGAAAGUCUUCGGAACUAUUCAGGGAAUCAACUCGUUGAAAUGCAACAGAAGCUUCAAAGAGUAUCAAACUACAUGAUCAAUAGUCUGAAAUCCCGUUACGAGUUGUUGUAGUUUUAUGAAACCACCAAAGUUGUUUGAAGAAUAGUUUUGAUUGCAGGGCAGUUUUGUUUUUAAAAUCCACAUUUUAAAUUUGAGAUUAAUAUUUAGUUUCACAAGUUUUAAAUUUGAGAUUAAUAGUUAGUUUCAUUACAUAUUUUAAGUAAAAGGGAUUUCCGUAACUUGAAGCAAAUACAGCAUUGGAGUAUAAAUAUUAAAGAUCCAAAUUCUGUGGAUUUGCAUUUUAAGGUUUUCUUUUUUAAUUGCUGCUAUGCACAACUUCCAAAAUGUGUUAAGAUGUGCAGUAAUGACUGUCAAACAUGCUCAAAUAAGGAGCAGUAUACUGUAUAUUUUAAAUGUUAAGUGUUUUAAAUGAAAAGGCUUUGGGGCAUCAUCAGUAUUUGAAGCCUUGGUUUUGUUGUUCUGACUAAUGUUUAAAGUGUUAAUUCAUUUACCAAAAUCUUCAAAAUCAAUCUUCCAACUGAUAGUAGUUUGGAAGGUACUAGUUUUAUAGCUUCAUUACCAUAUUAAGAAGUAUGGUGCUUCAUUAGCAUACUAAAAUAUCCCUAAGUUUUUAAUAGGACAUAGUCUAUUUUUUUCAUAAAUAUAGUAUGCAGAAGAAAAAAGCGUGUCAGUGCAUAAUUCCAAUAAGAAAUUCUCAGGAUCUGAUCACAUCCUCUUUGAAUUUUUAUAUACCACAAAGGAUCUAUUUGCCCCAUUCAUGAGUCCUAUAUAAACUGGACAUAAGAAUAAUUUUGUAUAUUAUGUAUAGCUGUACUAAAUGCAAACGCUCUAAAUUAUAUCUGUAUGAAAGGCAGCAUCUAACAUGCUUGAAUGGGAGGAACUUUGUAUAGAGCAUAUUUGUGCUUUUUAAUGUUGACACCACAGUGGGAUAAAUUUAUGUUUUAGGAAAUAAAUAUAUAUAAAUAAAAUAUAUAAUUGAUUGAA